CACUACUACCUAGUACGGACCUUAGCUGAGCUCCACAUUCAUUUUCAUCUUUAAAUUAUAUAAACCAACUCUGCCGGCUCUGAUCUUCAAUGCCACCUCAAAACCUUCCGCAUAAGUGUAUGCACCUAAAAGGAAAGAACCUUGGAACCCUUCAAAAUGCCGCCCAGCGCAGGCAUCAUGCGCCGACAACUUCUCUCCCGGCCACACUCGCUCCUACGUCCUCGCCCUCGCCUCUUACAACCCCCCCAACCACAACCCCGACCUCAACGCUUCCAAUCCACCACCAAAGCACCCCCACCACCCUCCUCCUCCAAAGCCUCAUCCCAGUCCCGCCGCGCCGACGCAAUCCUCUCCCGCGCAUCCCGCUGGCUUCCCCGCCGCCUGCACCCCUACCUCCAACGCCUGCGCUCCGCGCCCUUCUCCCACGUCGCCGCCUUCCUCGUGCUGCACGAAGCGACCGCCAUACUGCCCCUCUUCGGACUGGCCUACUUCUUCCACAGCAUGGACUGGGUGCCUACCUCGUGGGUUCUGGGGCCCUGGGCCGCCUGGGCCGAGGAGGGUUUGGCGCGUUAUAUGCGUUGGUUUCGGAAGAAGGGGUGGUUUGGAUUGGGGGAUAAGAAGGAUGGGGGGAAGGGGGGCGAGGAGAGGCUGGAGGAAAGGUUGAAGGAGGAGAUGGAGAUGGAGAAGGUGAAGAAGGAGAGUGGGAAGGGGAAGGGGGGUUGGUUUGGGUUUGGUAGGCAAGAGAAGGGGGUGGAGGAUGAUGGGGUAGGUGAUGGUGAUGCUGAUGUCUCUAGAGACAAGAGCGAGAGUCUCAAGGCGGCGGCUUGGCACAAGGUCAAGAAGGCUGUCUCGGUUGAUAACACUGAAAAGGGGUAUAAAAUUGGCAUACAGAUCGCUGCCGCCUACGCAAUCACCAAAAUGCUACUGGUUCCUAGGAUAGCACUGAGUCUCUGGGCAACCCCCUGGCUGGCUAGGGGGUUUGUGGCCCUGCGGCGCUCGAUAUGGAAGAAGAAAAGCAAUUAAGUAUUGGACGGGUUGUUAGACCGUCCUUCACAUGCAUGCACUUUUCACACUGCAGAUCAGACUUGUUCCCGUUUACGAUUUCUCUC